AUGGAGUUAAUGGUAGAUCGCAAUGAUUGGUGCCCCACUAGUGUAGUGGUAAGGAGAUUUGUCUCCACCUAAUUAGUUAUGGGUUCAAGGCAUAUUAUGACAUUGUAAAGUGUGUCUGAGUUUGCACCCCGUCCUGCAAGAAACACUUACAUGAAAUGGAUAUAAAAUUAUUUUGCUAUCCUCAGCCAAUCACAAUAUGCCACGCGUGAUAACUUUUUCACGUGGCAGUCUGUGAUUGGCCGAAGAUAGCAAAACAGUGACAUCUUCGUUUUAUACAAGUUUUUCUGCCCUCCCCCUCCUUAACUAUUGGCAAAAAAAUUACAUUAAAAAAAAAAAAACAAUAAUGGGCAACAUAGAACGCAAAUCUUGGUCAAGGGGAAAAAGCAGGUCACUUUGACUUCCAAAGAGGAAAAGUGAGAUUUGAUCAUAGUGUCACAUAGCACUGUAGCAAAGCCCAGCCCACCUUUGAAUAAGACGAGGUCACACUACUUGGGCCAAACCAAAACAGCCCAGAGUCAAAUCUAGCUUAGGUCCAUUUUGCAGCAUUCCCCUUGCGAGUAAGAGAGCUAAAUUUAAUAAAUGAAAAUGAAAAUGAAAGGAUAAAAAAAUAAAAGUUUAAAAUGGCAACCGACUCUGCGUACUGUAUAUAAAGUGAAAACUUCCCUUCGUAGUUUCUGCUAUUUACAACCUCAUUUCAUUUGAUUGUCAGCUAAGUUAUCAACAAACCAACAUAAAAUAUUCAUGGAGAAAUCAACAGAAACCGCAGCAGCAAGUGGAAACAAGGGGAGAAAGAUGAACAGCAACAAUAAGGAGCAGGACCCAAUUGGAAGCAGUGAUUUCUCAGAGCUGGAAAUGGACGCAGCGGAGCAACUCAUACAACUGAGCGGAUCAAUAUCAGAUAACAAUAGCGCCACAGAAGAAAGCGAUGGCAAAACUGUUCAUCAUGGUGAUCAUGAUCAGGUAUGUUCCUCAAAAUACAGAACAUCAAGAUUUGCAGAUGAGGUGGAAGAUGAUGAUGGUGAUGAUGUACUAGCAAGUUUGGGCCCAAGCAGGAAGAAAGGAAGAUAUCGCUCGAUUUCCGAGCUGUACGAGUUGACGAAGCCUCUUAAUAAUCUUGUUAAUGUUGUAAAUUAUAAGAGGAAAAUGAGGGCAAAUUGAUUUUUUGUAAAACUUCCUAAGAGUUAGAUGUUAGGUUAAGUUAAACCCUUAUGUAUGUGAAUGAAUAUUGUAUGACAUACAUGUAAUUUGUAAAUUAAUUGUAAGCAUGGUUGUGUUUCCUUGGCA